AUACCAGAAUCAUUUGAUGCUAGAACUAAAUGGCCAAAUUGCAAACCACAAAUAAGACACCAACUUGAAUGUGGUAGUUGUUAUGCCUUUACAUCAACUGGUGCAUUGGCUCACAGAUUUUGUGUUGCAUCUCGUGGCAAAGUUUAUCCAAAUUUAGCACCAGAUUAUCUUGUCAGAUGCAAUUCAGAGACGAAAGCAUGUAAGGGUGGAAAGACAACUUCAGCCUGGGAUUUUUUGGAAAAGACUGGAGUUCCAACCAGUGAGUGUGUAAAGUAUCGUUCUGGACAUUGGAAUGUCCAAGCAUGUCCAGAUGUUUGUGAUGAUGGAGCCACUCCAUUGAAAAUGUACAAAACUAAACCAGGAAGUUUCAAGCAAUUGCAAGGAGAAAUGGAAAUCAAGAGAUCAAUCAUGAAUGAGGGCAGUGUCCACACCAUCAUGAUUGCCCUUCGUGACUUUUUGACCUAUGAAAGUGGUAUCUACACAAGGAAUUCGGAUACACUUGUUGGAAUUCAUGCUGUGCAAUUAAUUGGUUGGGGAAAAGAGAAGGGAGAAUCUUAUUGGAUUGGAGUUAACAGUUGGGGAGAAACUUGGGGAUUAAAU